AUUUGAAAGCUGCUAAGAAAGUAAGUCAAAAGUUCUUAUCACAAGAAAAAUAUUUGUAACUACAUAUGGUGACGGAUGUCAACUAGACUUCUUGUGAUCGUUUCACAAUAUAUGCCUAUACUGAAUCAUUACGUUGUACAUCGAAACUAAUAUAAUGUUACAUAUCCAUCAGGCCUCAAUAAAUAAAUAGUCUACAAAAAAUGGUCCUUUGUACUGGAUGUACACUGUGGGUGAUUAAACCACAUGAUAAAAAUUAAAAAGUAAAAAAAGCACUGGAAAUAUAUACAAAAACCACUUAUAUUUUUAAAAAAUAAGUAUGACUAUAGCUAAGGAUUCAGCUAGUUCUUUCUGGUUCCUUCUAGUCUGGAGACGAUAAAGUCACUGUCUUUUAACGCCGUUUAUUAAUACACCCUGGAACUGAACUGAGUCCAUGUAGCAAAUCAGGUAAAUCUGGAUGAUGCCAAUUUACCAAACCCAGCACCUGGCGGGAAAGCCUCUAGAGUCUGCCAACGUCCUAUAUAUUAGAGUGAAACAGAGACUUUGCCCGAUAUUCUUUCUUUCCUUUGAUUCCCUUCUGGAAUAGAACUAAUGAGUCCUGACGCCUCUUUCCUGCCUGACGUUUCACCAGGUCUGUGUGACUGUUCGGUUGAGACUACAGGUCAGGAUUCACCCUCUCUCAGGCAAAGAACAGGAAAGCGGACUUCCAGUCUGAGGACAGGGCAUCAACAUAUUUAUUUCUCAAUAAGCACUUGUCGAUUUGAAGAUAGCUGAGGGGUUCUUGUAGUCUGCCCCCCGUGGAACGAAGCAGCGUCUAAACCUGUCCCAAAUGUGUGUGUGCAAACACACAAGCGAAUGGAGAACGGAGACGGGGGCCUCCUUCGGCUCCACGCCCGUCUCAUUCACCGAGCUGGGGUCGAGAACGCGGCGGCACGGAGGCCACGGCGGCAGGAGCCGGGGUACCCGGGACACCGAGCGCCGCGCUGAGGGCGGAGAGGCGGCGGGGCGGGGCGGCAGGCCUCCCCUCCUCCCCGGGCCGGGGCGGGCCCGAGCCCGCGACCCACCUCUCCGGCGCCGUCCCCGUCACGGCGCCGCGGGACAGCCAUGCCAGGCCGCCUGCUGCGGGGUCUGUGGCAGCGAUGGCGCCGUUACAAGUACCGCUUCGUACCUUGGAUCGCGCUGAACCUGAACCACAACCCGAGGACCCUCCGAUAUGUUCCAGAGGAAUCCAAAGACAAAAUUAUCUCAGAUGAAGAUGUCCUAAAAACAUUACUGAAAGUUUUCCAGGCUCUGUUCAUAAAUGAUUUCAAUAAACAAUCAGAUAUCUUGACUGUGCUUCCAGAAGUUGUUAAAUCAAAGUAUCAAGACCUACUGUCAGUUCAACAUCCAAGGCUGAAAUUGCUUGAACACAGAUAUCAACAGCAAAAUAUCUUUAAACCAGAAGAAAUUCUUUAUAAGACAUUGGGUUUCAGUAUUGCUCGAGCAACUAGUUCAUUGAUUUCUGCUGGAAAAGGUGUCUUCGUUACUAAAGGAUUGGUACCAAAAGGCGCGGUUGUAUCUAUGUAUCCUGGUACAGUAUAUCAGAAGUAUGAGCCAAUCUUUUUCCAAUCCAUUGGAAAUCCAUUUAUUUUUAGAUGCUUAGAUGGGAUACUCAUUGAUGGAAAUGACAAAGGAAUAUCAAAAGUCGUAUACAGAUCUUGCAAUGGGAGGGAUCGACUUGGCCCUUUAAAAAUGAGUGAUAGUACAUGGCUAACGUCAGAAAUUCACAAUCCACUGGCCGUAGGACAGUAUGUAAACAAUUGUUCAAAUGACAGAGCAGCUAAUGUCUGUUAUCAGGAAUUUGAUGUGCCUGCAGUUUUCCCUAUAGAGCUGAAGCAGUAUCUUCCAAACAUUGCCUACAGCUAUGACAAGCAAAGCCCCCUUCGAUGUGUCGUUCUUGUUGCACUCAGGGACAUCAAACAAGGAGAAGAGCUUUUUUCAAACUACUAUACAAUUGUCAGCUAACUCUAUGAAUUAGAAAUUAGGAUUUAUACUCAGCUGUUGAGUUAAUUUAAAUGUUUUUUGUUAAUUGUUUCUCUGAGUUUCACCUAAAGAACAAAUAUUUUGAGACCUAAUCGGAAUGGGAGUUUUUUGUUUUUAUUGAUAUUAUAUUUAUGUUUCAAUUUCAUGAUAAAAGCUAUCUGCUGCGUUAUAAUUUCAAAUUUGCAAUGCAAUUUUAAUUGGUUUUCACCUGGAUACACAGAAGCUUAUUAAAUUAAAAUCUACUGCCUGAACUUAGAA